UCCCAGGAGAUUUGAACGCAUCAUGCCCAAACUGCCUGCCUACCCCGGUAGUGGCUACGUGUAAUUUAGAGAAAAAUGGCAGAUAGAAAAAACAAUAAUGUUCCUAACCCCGGUGCAAAUUUGUUAUUUAGUGGGGCUCCUGAGUUUAACUUCAAUUUGCCCUUUAUGCCAGUGAGUCAGGCCUCUGGUCCGGCGGUGCUGUCGGGAGAGGAUUCUACUGAAGUUGGCGAGGAAGACAGCUUUCUGGGUCAGACUUCUGGAAAUGUACAAACUCCUUCUACCUUCAGCUACUUUUCUAACCCAGUAACCAGCAGUGAUCCGUUUGCUUCGAUUGGCCAACCAUCAUCCCCACCCCCAUCAUCAUCAGCAGAAGCAGCCUUGUGUGCUGUCACGCAGUCUGUUCCAAGCAGUGUGAACAUGGCUCCUCUGAUGCCUCCCAGCUCACAGUUGAACACUACUUCCCCUGUUUUCGGCAGUACAGUGUAUCACAGCCCAAUGGGGCGCCACACUCCUCCCCCUAGUACAAUGACCACGCCACCUCCGCAGAUGCAACCACAGAGUCAUAAUCCCUAUAGACACACCGCCACCAGCAGCAAAGCCAGUCCUUAUAUUCCAGUUCCAGAGGUUCUGCCGCAAAGCCACGCAUCACAACACAAUCCCUACUCUGUCACCUCAGGGUCGCAAUCAUUCCCACUGUCCGGACCCACAUUCACAAAGCCUCCUCCCGCUCACGUGCAGGCACCACCACCACUUCCUCCAGCCAACCCUGCUGGUGCAGUCGUGCCUGCUGGCCCCAUGAUGCAGUACAACUACAAUGUUUAUGAGCCUAUUCAGCCACACUGGUUCUACUGCAAGCUAGUGGAAUCCAAAAAUGUGUGGCUUCCUUUCAGCAUCAUCGACUCCCUCCAGCUUGAGGAGACUUUUAACUCUGUUCAGCCAGACCCAGAAAAUGUGAUCGUGCGUACAGACGGUGGCCGGUAUGAUGUGCAUCUCUAUGACCGCAUGCGAUCAGCGGUCUACUGGGAGGAGGAGGAUUCGGAGGUUCGCCGCUGCACCUGGUUUUACAAAGGAGAUACGGAUAGUCGCUUCAUCCCUUACUCUGAGGAAUUCAGCGACAAACUAGAGGCAGAAUAUAAGAAAGCUGUAUCUACCAACCAAUGGCACCGUAGACUGGAGUUCCCUUCUGGAGAAACCAUUGUCAUGCAUAAUCCAAAGGUGAUAGUGCAGUUCCAGCCCACCUCUAUGCCUGAUGAGUGGGGAACCAAUCAGGAUGGACAGACCAGGCCCAGAGUGGUGAAGAGAGGGGUUGAUGAUGACCAUGAUCAAGUCCCCGAUGGUGAGCUCCCCAAAGUAGACCAUCUUGUGUUCAUGGUUCAUGGAAUUGGUCCAGUAUGUGACCUGAGGUUUCGGAGCAUUGUUGAGUGUGUGGACGACUACCGCAGCGUGUCUCUGAAACUGCUGCAGAGUCACUUUAAGAAACCCUUGGACGAUCACGCCAUCAGUCGGGUGGAGUUCCUGCCUGUCCAUUGGCACACGGCCCUCCAUGGCGAUGCCACAGGGGUGGACAGGAGAAUAAAGAAAAUCACUUUGCCCAGCACGGGACGAUUACGUCAUUUUACAAAUGAGACCUUGUUAGAUGUGCUAUUCUACAACAGUCCUACAUACUGCCAGACCAUCAUGGACACAGUUUCCUCAGAGAUCAACCGACUUCAUGCCCUGUUCAUGAAGAGAAACCCUGAUUACAAAGGAGCCAUAUCAGUUGCCGGGCACAGCUUGGGGUCCCUUAUACUCUUUGACCUGCUGUCAAAUCAAAAGACUGACAUGACCCCUUCUGCGGUGCCAGCCAUGAAUGGAGGAGCGCAACAGGUGGCAGCUCCGGUUGCACCGGCCGUCACCCCUCCAGCUGCCGAGGAGGAGCCCAAAGAGGAGGAACCGGAGGACCUUUCCGCUGUGCUGGAACAUCUUGGACUGUCCGAGUACAAGAGCACCUUUGACGAGGAAAAGAUUGACAUUGAAUCUUUUCUCAUGUGUACAAUUGAGGAUUUGAAAGAGAUGGGAAUUCCCCUUGGGCCCAGGAAGAAAAUCGCCAAAUUUGUCAAAGAAAGAGUCACGAAACAGGAGAAGGAAGCUGAGGUGCAGGUGGUCAGUCAAGUGGGAGAGCCCGCACAAGCUGCUGAGACCAGUCCUGACAAGAUUCUGCCAGCAGGCGUCUCCUCCAUCCACGUCGACUACAACUACUUUGAAGUUGGUACUGGACAGGUGUCGGUGGUCUACCACAACCUAGACUUCAGUCCAGUGAAUUUCUUUGCCUUGGGUUCUCCAAUUGGCAUGUUCUUGACUGUCAGAGGCUUGGAGAAGAUUGAAGAGGACUAUCAGCUGCCAACUUGUAAAGGAUUCUUCAACAUUUACCAUCCGUUGGACCCAGUGGCUUACAGGAUUGAGCCCAUGAUAAUACCAGACUUGGAAUUGAAGCCUGUUUUGAUUCCGCAUCACAAAGGAAGGAAAAGGCUGCAUCUCGAGCUGAAGGAAAGUCUCUCCAGAAUGGGCUCGGACCUAAAGCAUGGUUUUAUCAGUUCGUUGAGGAGCGCGUGGCAGACACUCAAUGAUUUUGCUCGCGCCCACACCUCCUCUGCGCAACUUCAGGCAGAAUUGGCUAUGGUGGCCGAUCAGAUUGAAGAACAGGAGAAAAGAGCACAAGAUCUUUCAGAACAAAAAAACCCAGAGAUCCCUGAACCACAGAAAGAAGAAGAGCCUGAGGUCAGGAUCGGGAUGCUGAAUGGAGGGAAUCGGAUCGACUUUGUCCUGCAGGAGAAGCCCAUUGAAAGUUUCAAUGAGUAUUUGUUCGCCCUACAGAGUCAUCUGUGCUACUGGGAGUCUGAAGACACAGCUCUGCUUAUCCUCAAGGAGAUCUACAAAAGCAUGGGGGUGCAGCCAGAACAUGGUACAUUAGCACAAUAAAACCCCAUCACGAAAGACUUUUUCAUUUGGAUUAUUUCAUGCCUGGAUUAUUUGCCAUUUCUUUUAUUGUCUAUCUCCAUGAUUUUCUGUAGGCAAAUGUGUAAUACAACCAUAUAUAUUAUGGUGCAGACCCAAUUCCAAUGAAGUUGAGAUGUUAUUCUUAAACAUAAACAAAAACAGAAUACAACAAUUUGCAAAUCAUGUUUGGCCUAUAUUUAAUUGAAAACACUACAAAGACAAGAUAUUUAAUGUUCAAACUGAUAAUGUUUUUACCAAAUGAUGAGUAACUUGGCUGCAACAAGUUCCAAAAAAGCUGGGAUAGAGUCAUGGUUACCACUGUAUUACAUCACCUUUACUUUUAGUAACAUUCAUGAAAUGUUUGGAAACUGAGGACACUAAUUGUUGAAGCUUUUGAGGUGGAAUUCUUUCUUAUUAUUUUGCUUUAUGCAUAGUUUCAGCUGUUCAACAGUCCGGGGUCUCCGUUGUCGUAUUUUACGCUUCAUGAUGCCCCACACGUGUUCAGGUCUGGACUGCAGUCAGGCAAGUCAAGUAUCCGCACACUUUUACUAUGAAGCCAGACUGUUGUAACUCCUUAACACAUUGUAACUCCUUAGCACCGCAUGAGGGAUCGAAGGUCAUGGGCAUUCAAUGUUGGUUUUCGGCCUUGCCGCCGACAUGCAAUGAUUUCUCCAGAUUCUCUGAAUCUUUUGAUGAUAUUGUGGACCAUAGAUGACGAAAUCCCUAAAUUCCUUGCGAUUGAAUAUUUUCUCACGCAAUUAUUUACAGAGGUGAACCUCGCCCCAUCUUUGCUUGUGAAUGACAAUGUCAAUUCACAGACCCACUCUUUUAGACCCAAUCAUGUCACCCACUUGUUCCAAAUAGGUGUUAGAUGAGCAUCCCUGCACGUUCUGUUUCCUUUGCCACGCGUCCCAGCUUUUUUUGAACGUGUUGGAGCCAUAAAAUUCAAAGUUAAUGAUUAUUUGCUAAAAACAAUAAAGUUUCUCAGUUUGUACAUUAAAUAUCUUCUUUGUCAUGUAUUUCAUUAAAUGCAGGUAACAUGAUUUGCGAAUGAUUGAAUGCUGUUUUUCCUUAAUGUUUAACACAACGUCCCAACACCAUUGGAAUUGGGUUUGUUUUUGUCUUAAAUUAAGAAAAGCGAAUGCCAUUGUAGAUUUAAAGAGGUGACAUGUUUAUUAUAACAUUUUGUAGUAUAAAUUAUACAGCUGGACAAGGAAAGGAAUGUGUGUCAUAUGAUAAAAUGGCAACAGAUAGCAACAUAUUAGCAGCAGUUUUUGAAUAAAGCCUUCUCUGAGUCCAAUGGGAAAAUUGUCCAAUAAAUCAUUUCCUUGCA